GCUUCGAAAAUUAUUCUUCGCAACAUCAACGGGGAGUUCCAAUCAGGACAGCUUACUGCGAUUCUUGGACCUUCCGGUGCUGGGAAGAGUACUCUACUCAAUAUACUCGCUGGCUACAGAGUAUCAGGAGCCGGUGGUACGAUAUACACGAAUGGCGAGCCCCGAAACCUUAAAAAGUUUAGGAAGCUAUCGAGGUACAUCAUGCAAGAAGAUCUUCUACAGCCGUUCAUCACAGUGCAGGAAGCUAUGGUAAUCGCCGCAGAUCUUAAACUUGGAUCUGCUCUUACCAAGGAAAAGAAAGCUGUCGUGGUAGAAGAAAUAGUUCAACUCUUGAGACUGACAAAGGCAAGGCAUACUGCGACUGAACGGUUGUCGGGUGGAGAGAGGAAGCGAUUGUCCAUCGCCUUGGAGUUGCUCAAUAAUCCUCCAGUCAUUUUCCUUGAUGAACCUACAACUGGUCUUGACGACGUUGCCUCAUCCACAUGCGUAUCGCUUCUAAAGAGGGUGGCACGUGGCGGACGGACUGUAGUAUGUUCACUUCACACACCAUCGGCGCGUCUUUUCGCCGAGUUUGACCACGUGUAUGUCGUCGCUAAUGGACGAUGCGCGUACCAGGGCACGUCUGGUGGUGUUGUGCCGUUCCUUGAUGAACUACAACUUCCGUGCCCUAAAACUUAUAACCCAGCGGAUUUUAUUAUAGAAGUUUCCAGUGGUGAAUAUGGUUGUCAAGCCGAUAGGAUGGUGGCGGCAGUAGAAAAUGGUCGUUGCCAACGUUGGAGGGAUUAUAAUGCUGAACCUAUCUCGAUUAUAGAAGAAGAUCUAGACUUAGAACAACUUAACGCCGGAGGUGUUGAGAGUCACGACUACAAACACGGAAGCACCGCAUGUCAGCAGUUUUUGGUUCUGCUACGGCGAAUGCUGCUGCAGACUGUUAGAAAUACGGGAUAUUUAUGGCUACGAGUGGGUCUACACAUGUUCCUCGGUUUCAUAAUUGGGACACUCUUCUAUCGGAUGGGCAACGACGCUUCUAAGACCAUCUUCAACUUCGGUUUCUGUUACGCUUGUAUAAUUGCCAUGCUGUAUAUACCCAUGAUGCCAAUCUUACUUGCCUUCCCCACAGAGGUCCAGCUGGUGAAGCGCGAGUACUUCAACCGUUGGUACGGGCUGAAGGCGUACUACGCGGCGCUGGUGGUGUCGCGCACGCCCGCCACCAUCUGCUUCAGCCUCAUCUACCUCGCCAUCACGUACCCGCUCACCGCGCAACCCAUGGAGCUGCCCAGGGUCAUGAUGUUUACCACCAUCUGCAUCAUGAUAGCGCUCAUAUCGGAGUCCAUGGGCACUGUUAUAUCUUCGAUGCUCAAUGUCGUGAACUCUGUCUUCUUAGGUCCAGCCGUGAGCGUGCCCCUCAUGUUGUUGGCUGUGUACGGCAUAGGUUAUGGGGAUAUUCAACCUCCUUUUAUAUGGAAGAUGGCGCGUUCGUGCUCGUUCCUACGGUACGGUAUCCAGGGACUAGUCGCUGCCAUAUAUGGACCACCGAGAGAUGAUCUCAUAUGUCCCCAAAACGUCGACUACUGUGAAUACAAGAACGUCAGAUAUUUCGUCAAACUUAUGGGCAUGACUGGCGUUUCUUUCUGGGCUGACUUUGGAAUUCUUCUGAUGAUACUUUGCGCUAUGAACCUUGCCGGGUACUACUUGUUGAGGCAGAGAUUAUCUCCCAAUUACGCUUUCCGGGCGAUAAAAGUCGUCGGGAAUUUCAUCAAGAUUAAAAUGAGUGGGAGUUCCCAUUGA